UGUGCCAUUGUGUUGGUUUUCAUAGUUGAAGUUGCUGCUGUACCAUUCAUUUAUUAUUUAGCAGGUCCUAGAUGUGUUCUUUUGUGUGCUAAAGAACGAAGGCCUCUGCCUAAACAAGGUUUCACUUGUUGCUUUGCUAUGGAUGGUGUCAAAGUACUUGCCUCUGGCUUUGAUGCGGACGAGAAGGUCAAGAUAGAAGAAUUAGUGACUGAAAUGGGGGGAGCUCUACACACUAAGCUGUCAUCAGAUUUGAACUUUGUCAUCGUGAAAAAUGUUUUGGCUCUGAAGUACAAGUGGGCUUUGAAUAUCCUGAAGAAACCAAUAGUUACUUAUGAAUGGUUAAAGCAAUGCUCAGAUGAGCAUCGCGUUGUUCCUCAAGAGUCAUACAAGGUCCUUCCUUUCUCUGGGUUAAAGAUUUGUGUGACUGGAAUCCCAGCAGAUAAGCGCAAAGAGAUGGAAAAGCUUAUUUUACAAAAUGGUGGAAAAUACUCUGCGGAAUUGACAAAGAAGUGCACACAUUUGAUAUCUGAUGCUCCAGAAGGUGAUAAAUAUAAGGUGGCUAAACGUUGGGGCCACAUUCAUAUUGUGACAAUGAAAUGGUUUGAUCAAUCUAUUGCUCGAAGAGCAUGUCUGAAUGAAGAGUCCUACCCUGUUCAGAAUGGAUCUUUAUCUUCUCGUAGAGUGACUAGGGACUUAACAGUGCAACAUAGCCAGGAAAAGGAUAUUGGGAAAAGGCACUCUGUGUCAUCCUCAAGAGCUGCAGAUUCAAAUAUGCUAGUUUCAGAUUGCGCCGAGUCUAUGGAUAUAGAUCCAGAAGCUACACAGUCAGAACAUAUGUCGUCUGUUUCAAAUGUUCCAUUUGUUAAACAUCCAGAUGCUGGAGCACCUCCAUUACAGACCAGCAAUGAAUUGAAUUUAGAUGGUCUUGUUGCGAAUGAUUCUGAAUCUGAUGACAGUGACCUGUACUUAGCGGAGUGCAGAAUAUUUCUUGUUGGUUUUGAAGCUUCUGAAAUGCGGAAGCUAGUUAAUAUGGUGCGCAAAGGUGGAGGCUCCCGAUACAUGUCUUUUAAUGACAAACUGACACACAUAGUAAUUGGGAAUCCUACAGAAAUAGAAAAGAAAGAUGUAAGGAGUAUUGCUGCUCUAGGUGUCGUUUAUGUUGUUAAAACCUCAUGGCUUGAAGAUUGUGACCGUGAAAGGAAACAAGUUCCGGUUCUUCGGCGACACAUUGCAUGCGAUCUACUUCUUCCAAAAGCCAACUUAAUAAAAGGAGCAGUGACUGGCAUUAUGCCUAUGGAUCAAUUUACAAGCUCAAGUUUUCGUCAAAGCCUCCAGGCUGAUCCGGUGGUGGGUAAUAAGGACUUUGGAGUUAAAAUGUCAGAAUCAUUGGAGAAAAACAAAGAAGAGAAACAUGAUAUGGGUAUGAAUGUUGUCACAUUCGGUAAAGCAAUGGAUAGAACUAUGCCGCAAACUCAACUUCCUGAUAAUAAAUUGAGGGUACAAAAGAUGAUGCAACAGGACUCCAAUGCACAUGUGAAGUCAACAAAUAUUUUCAAAGGGAAAACAUUUUGUUUCUCGAAUUUAUUUCCUGAAGAAAGGAGAGACGAGAUUGGUCAAUGGAUAAGUCAAGGGGGAGGAGAGAUAAUUAGUGGGCAAACAAAACAGAGUAUCCACUAUACUAUUGCAUGUCAUGGUGUAAAACCCAGCUUGACAGGAGAUUAUGGAAGUACCUAUAUUUCCAGUCACUGGAUACGAUCUUGUUUGGUGGAUGGAUCCUUGCUGGAUGUUGACAGUCAUAUUCUUUAUUCGCCACUUCCCUGCUGUGUUCCCUUGCCUGGUUUUGAAAGCCUCCGGUUUUGUGUUUCACAAUAUGAAGAGAAAGAUAGAGUUCUUCUUAAGAACUUGUGUAUAGUUCUAGGAGCUAAAUUUGCUUUGAAGUUGACUAAGAAGGUCACCCAUUUGCUGUGUAAAUUCACCAAUGGGCCCAAGUACGAGGCUGCUUGUAAGUGGGGUAUCCGAUCAGUUACCUCUGACUGGAUAUUUGAAUGUGUCAAACAGAACGGAGUUAUUGCCAUUGAUAAAUUUUUGCCCAAAGAAGUCACCCCUCAAGACCAAGAGGCAGGAAUUUGCACAGUGAGUCAAUUUCCUACCCAGGCUGUUCGAAUGAUAAAUGACAUACCCUCCCAGUUUCCAAGUCAAUCGCAAAGUUCAAGAAACACGGCAAAUAAAAAUGUAGAUAGUGGACUCGACAAUCAUGAGACUCAUUCUAAAAUAUCAAAUAUUAAUAGCAAAAAGGCAAGGCUCAUGGUAGAACCUGAUCUGUAUAGUAAGGCGCCUGCUACAGUAAGUUCAGAUUCAGGUAUUCAUGUCUAUAACUUGAAUUUUUCUGAGAAAAAUACACUCAAAGAUGCUCUGGAGGUUACCCAUGCUGUUCCAGAUGUUGCUGCUGCAAUUGAGGACUUAUUAAAUGAUGAUAAGUUAAUGAUGCAUGGUCAGAGGUCCCCAGUGAGUACAGGGUGUGAGAGAAGUGUAUCCAUUAAGUGUGAUCAAUUUAAUGGAGUCGUUUGUGAAGACAAUCCAAAUCCUCAUACUGUCUUUGGAUUAUCGAAGCACUGGUUAAACAGAAAUGGCAGAAAAGAUGAUCAUGGUGAGACUUCUCAAGACAGAAGAGCAGGAAUGUAUGAUGGUUUUAGUGAAACACAAACAGAAUCUCAGGUUGUUAGUUAUGAAGAAGAUUUGUCGGGAAGGCAAAUGCUUAUAGAUAGAGUUCGAACUCGAAGUAGCUUGCACUGAAAUACAACCCUGCUUGAAGGAAGGUAUCAGUAGAGCAGUUUCCUUAUUUGAUGGUCUGAUGGUAUAUCUGAACUUACAAGCUAAUGCACAAUAAUGUGUCUUGUCCUUCAUGAUCAGCAUAUGACAAGAUAAACUCAGCCUUUGCCUGCUAAUAGCGGAAACUUACGUAGCAGGGGUGUAUGAAUAGGUUCUUUGUAACUAGCAAAUGGAAAUAAGACUGAGCCAAGUAAAAAAAAAACGUUGGCAUUUAGUCACGCCGGCCUUGUACAAAAAUCGGAUUGUUAAGUAAAUCGCAGUAGCUCUCUUUGUUGUUAUUUUAGUGCGCGGGGUGGAAGAAAAGGUGAAACGGGUGUGCUAAAGUUGAUUGGAAGAGCAAUUUGUUUUGGCAGGCCUUCUGAUUGGAUAAGCAAGAAGAUGCUUUUAGCAAAUCUGAAAUCACAUGACAUUUUUGAUGAUACAUACAAAGGCUUAUCAGCAAGAGUCAGUGUUCUGAACUAUCGAAUGUUGAGAUUGCUUAGAUUUUCAACUUAAUGUACUAACUUGUUUAGCUAUGACACUUAAGUUAAAUGUAAGAUAUGUUGCCCUUUUGUUGUGCUUAAUACACCAUACACGGAAUGAUUACUGGUAAAGAUCCAAGCGAAUGAAAACAAAUAUCAAAUUCUGUCCAGAAUACAAAAGAGCCCGGAAUAUUGCAAGAGACAUGGUCAAGAGUUGCAUAGGUCAGAAACUACAUUGAUAUUAGUUGUAAGAAAAAAAUUAACUCUUAUACCUUUAACACGCCUCGGUUGAAUAAACAUUCAUGCUGAGAAAAUUGAACCUCCAAUGUUGCUUGUAGCAUUGUUGCAUCAUGUUAAAGAGAUUUUCUAACUGCUAUCAA